CACACGACCGAUUGCAGCCAUGGCCAAGUCCGACAAGAAGAGCUCCACGGCCCCGGCCAACGUGCAGACCGACCUCGACCUCGUGCAGGCCUUCCUCGCCCAGGCCGGCCACGAGAGCGCCGCCGCCAGCCUCAAGGGCUUUGCGGCAUGGGCGACUGCCCAGGCCAACAAGUCUGACGCCAUGGACGUCGACGAGAAGGCCGCCAGCAGCGACUCGAGCAGCGACAGCAGCGCCUCGGACAGCGACUCUAGCAGCGACUCCAGCAGCGACUCGGACAGCGACAGCAGCAGCGAGUCUGAGGCCGAGGCCAAAAAGCCCGCGAAGAAGGCCAAGAAGGUCGCAAAGAAGGACGACUCCAGCUCGAGCAGCGACUCCAGCUCCGACUCCAGCUCCGACUCGUCAAGCUCCGACUCCGACAGCUCUUCAGACGAGGAGGCGGCACCAGCACCGGCGCCCAAGAAGGAGAAGAAGGCCAAGAAGGCCAAGUCGGUGUCUUCGUCGUCUGCCUCCUCGUCCUCCAGCGACUCCAGCGACUCCAGCGACGACUCCUCCAGCGAGUCUGAGGCCGAGGUCGAGCCCGCCAGCGUACCCCUCCCCGCCUCCGACGACUCCUCGAGCGCCUCCAGCGAUUCGGACAGCUCCUCAGACAGCGACAGCUCCAGCGACAGCAGCAGCUCAGAGUCCGAGGACGAGAAGCCCGCAAAGGCGAAGAAGGCGACAAAGACCAAGAAGGUCAAGAAGGCUGCCUCGGUCGCUUCCUCGUCAGCGUCGAGCUCCUCCGACUCCGACUCGUCUGACAGCGACUCUGACUCGUCUUCUUCCUCCAGUGGUUCAAGCUCCGACAGCUCUUCUGACUCCGACGACGACGACGACGACGAGAAGACCCCUGCCGUCAAGCGCACCGGCUCCGACUCCUCUGCCACCCUCGCUGCCACAUCCCCUCCUGCGCCUGCCACCAACAAGCGCAAGCGCGACGGUGAUGACGAGGAGCCCAACAAGAAGCGCAGCCACGUCGAGAACCGCUUCCAGCGCAUCAAGGCCGACGUCGAGGUCCUGCCCGAGCUCUCCAGCAACGCCUACGUCUCGUACGACUACGCCGACCGCGCACACGCAAAGCUCAUCGUCACCAAGGGCAAGGGCUUCACCAAGGAGAAGAACAAGGGCAAGCGGGGCUCCUACCGCGGCGGUCUGAUUGACACCUCCGGCGGCAAGGGCUUCAAGUUCGAGGAUUAGACGCUGGUCCAGUGCGGUAUCUCGAUCUGGACCACGCAGGUCGCGAGCGGGCACCAUGCAUCAUAGAGGAGGCAGCUUAUAGGCACGCACAAUUGGCGAACAGGAGUUACAGGCGCCGCAAAAGUACUCAUACCCUUUGGCGGCUCACGCCGCACGAUAUUGAACGAGGCCCCCGGCAUGUUGAUAGAGCACUUUCAUAGCAACAAACUUAGACAGCAUUUCGCACCCUCUAGCCCUAUGCACCAGUGACGUCGUCCUGCGCGUGCCCGGCCCAAAC